CCAGUUGCUGACUGUUUAGGUUUUCCUGGUAUCUAUUAUAAUGAAAGUAAGCCUAUUGCAACCACUACUACCACCGCCUCUACCGUCCAAGCUUUCAGUAAAGUCUUCCGCUACAAUGAAUAUCAAUUACUCUAA